AUGACCAAGGACUCCCCCAAUCCGUCGGGCGGUGGCCGUGCUCCGCUCAAGAAACCAAGCAGCCCAAGUCAGACAGCAGCGGUGCUGGAGGAGCAAAGGCGGGAGCUGGAGAAGGUGCGGGCGGAGCUGGAGGCGGAGCGGGCGCGCGGGCGGGCCGAACGGCGGCGCUUCGCGGCCCAGACGCGCCAGCUGCGGGAGGCGGCCGAGCGAGAGCGGCAGCAGCUGGCUGACCAUCUGCGCUCCAAGUGGGAGGCACAGCGCAGCCGGGAGCUGCGGCAGCUGCAGGAGGAAGUGCAGCGGGAGCGCGAGGCCGAGAUCCGGCAGCUGCUGCGCUGGAAGGAGGCCGAGAUGCGGCAGCUGCAGCAGCUGCUGCACCGCGAGCGCGACGGCGUGGUGCGCCAGGCCCGGGAGCUGCAGCGCCAGCUGGCAGAGGAGCUAGUGAACCGCGGCUACUGCUGCCGCACAGGGGCGCCCGAAAUCUCCGCGGCGCGGUGUCGCUGUCGCUUGCAGGAAGUGCUGGCGCAGCUUCGCUGGGAAACCGACGGCGAGCAGGCCGCGCGCAUCCGCCACCUGCAGGCGGCGCUGGACGUGCAGCGCCAGCUCUUUCUCAAGUACAUCCUGGAGCACUUCCGCUGGCACCCCGCUUUGUCCGGACCUGCCGACGCCCCGGCUGUGCACUCCUCCGAAGAGCCGCUCCUCAAAAUCUCGAGCACUCCUCACACCCCGAAGCCGGCCUGUCGACUCGAAUCUCUCGACGGCCUGAGUGCCGGCGUCCGUGCCCGUUCCCGCUCCCUCAACUUGAUGUCUUCCAUGUGCUCCAGCUCCACAAGCGGCCUGCUCUCCAUGCGUGCCAGCUCCCUCGAUUCCUUGGCACCAGAGCGUUCCCGCUCUGUCGACAGCACCCUAAGUCGCCCCAAGGCUUCCGUGCACAAUGAGCGGGCCUCAUCAUCGGACACCUCCAUUCUUGGCUCCCCUGUUCCCUCCUCGCCGCCGCCCCUGCCCCCACCAACCUUGCCCCCACCAUCAUCUCCACCCGGGAAACCUAGUGACCCGCGGGGAGGAGAAGGCCCCAAUAGUCAGCCCUGCGAAGCCCUGAGCCCCUCGUCCUCAGGCCUGGACUACCAUGAGCUGGUGAAGCAGAACUCAGAGCUGGCCGAGGCGUUGCAGGUGCUGGCGCGUCGCUGCUCUGACCUGCACGAAGAGAACUUGCAGCUGCGGCGUGCAGGCUUCCCCGACCGCUCAGACGAGAAGGUAAAGCGGCUUAAGGUGAAGCACGCAGAACUGGCAGGCCUCGCGCGGCGCCUGGAGGACCGGGCCCGCAUGCUGCAGGAGACCAACCUCCGGGCGGUGAGCGCGCCUGUGCCCUGUGAGAGUCGCUCUAUCCUGGAGCUUUGCCAGGCCUUUGCCCACCAGCGGGCUCAGGACUUGUCUGAGCAGGCGAACGCUCUGCUCACCAAGGACAAGCAGAUCGAAGAGCUGAGGCAGGAGUGCCACCUGCUGCAGGCGCGUGUAGCCUCUGGCCUCGACAGUAACCUAAAUUCUGGAGAGGGUUCCCCCUCCGCCCAGUGGCUCAAAGUCAGCGACUUAGACCGGCUGCAGCGCGAGUCCCAGCGGGAAGUGCUGCGUCUGCAGAGGCAAUUGACACUGCGGCAGGGCUGUGGUGGCGCCCGGGCAGAGGAAGGAGUCCAGAGCGCUCCCUGCGAGGAGGCGCGUCGCCAAGUGCAGGCGCUGGAGCGCGAGCUGGGGGCGCGGCAGCGCGAGUGUGAGGAGCUGGGCGCGCAGGCGGCGGCGGCGCACCGGCGCGGCGAGGAGGCAGAGGCGCAGCUGCAAGUGGCGCUGCGCAAGGGCGCCUGGCUGGCGGAGGAGAAUGGGCGACUCCAAGCCCAGGCCAACUGGGUGCAGAAGGUGGAAGCUGAGAACAGCGACGUACGGGGGCAGUUAGGCCGUGCGUGUCAGGAGCGCGACGCCGCCGGCCUGUUGGCUGAGCAACUGCUCCAGCAGGCAGCCAGUGGACAGGACAGGCAGCAGCAGCUGGAGCACGACCUCCAGAAAGCUCUAUGUGAUCUCCAAGCUGCCCGGAAGGAGAUACAGGCACUUCAGUGUCAGUCCAACCACCCUGCAGAACAGCCUGGGGAAGCCACCCAAACCCUGGAGACCCAAACUAGGAAUAGCAGAAGGCCCAAGUUCCAGCCAGGACCUGAAGAUCACACAUUGUCACAGCCCAGCAGAGACCAACAAGAGAUAAGGGAAGCCUCCCCGGAUGUGAGCCCAGUUGCCCUUGGGGAGCCAACCAGUGCCCCCCAUAUGCCAGACAGAGUCAUUGCAAGCCCACCUCUGGACUCCAGGCCUCAGGCCAAGAAAACCAGCUCCCAGUCAAACUCCUCCUCCGAGGUGGAGUCCAUCUGGGCCACCGUGCCAUCUUGCACUACUCUGGAUGUGGACACGGCCAGUGAGGUGGAUGAUCUAGAGCCUGACAGCAUGUCCCUGACCCCAGAAGUGGGAGGCUCAGAUGCUCCUGCUGCUGCCAAGCUGAAGAUUUUCCUGGCUCAAUAUAACUAUAACCCAUUUGAGGGGCCCAAUGAGCACCCUGAAGGUGAGCUACCCCUCACAGCUGGGGACUAUGUAUAUAUCUUUGGGGACAUGGAUGAGGAUGGCUUCUAUGAGGGGGAACUUGAGGAUGGCCGGCGGGGUCUGGUGCCCUCCAACUUGGUGGAGCAGGUUCCAGACAACAACAUCCCAGGCUACCUGCCUCCCAAGUCCCCUGACCUUGGUCACUCUCCCAUCCCAGCUGGGCAGGACAAAGCUGCAAAGGAAGACAGCUUAUUACCUGGGGAAGCCCAGGGAGUGGUGGGCAGAGGGCCAAGCCAGAUGGGCUUGGGCUCCAUAGCAGAGGUGGCCACAGACAUCUUGCAUACAAAGACAGAAGCCUACCAGCUGGGCUUGCCACACAGUACCCAGGAACAGGGCUUCUCCAGACCCUUUCUAGGGGCCAAUGGAUUGCUCUGUGUGGCCCCCAUGCAACUACACCUGCACAAUGUCACAGCCACAUCAGCCAGGAUCAACUGGGUCUAUAGCAGUAGCAGCCACCCCCACGUGGUGUACCUUGAUGAUCAAGAGCACGCCCUGACCCCUGCGGGUGUGAGCUGCUACACCUUCCAUGGCCUACAUCCUGGCACGAAGUACCACACGCGGGUGGAAGUGCAGCUGCCCUGGGACCUGCUGCAGGUGCACUGGGAAACAGUGUCCUCCACCAUCACCUUCGACACACCUUUGGCAGGACCUCCCGACCCUCCUCUGGACGUCCUGGUAGAGCGACACACCUUGCCAGGUUUCCUGAUGGUCAGCUGGCUCCCUGUGACAAUCGAUUCAGCUGGGUCCUCCAAUGGAGUCCAGGUCACUGGCUAUGCUGUGUACGCUGAUGGGUUAAAGGUGUCAGAGGUGGCUGAUGCCACCGCUGGGAGCACUCUGUUGGAAUUUUCUCAGCUGCAGGUGCCCCUGAUGUGCCAGAAUGUCUCAGUGAGAACCAUGUCACUAUGUGGUGAGUCCCUGGAUUCAGUGCCAGCUCAGAUCCCUGAGGACUGCUUCCCCUGUCACCAAUCACUGGAGACCCCUCCCUUUAGCUACGCUUGUGGCAACCCAGUCAGCUGCAGAGUCACUUUCCCCAUCUGCCCUCAGAAGCUGGCACUGACUCCUCUGAGUGCCAAGGCCAGCCCUUACAUCCCUGGAAGCUAUGGGGAGCCCCAGACCAAGUUCCUAGAAGCAUUUUCUGAAGAAUCCCUGAGGAGGCAGUCUCUAAUGUCCAACUUUAGCUCAGAAGGACAAUGUCCCAGUUCAGGGGCUGGCAUCCAAGCCCAGGGGCUUGUAGAGGCCCGAGAGGGCUGCCAAAAAGACCUGCUCUUUCAAAAAGCUCGCCAGAAUCACAGGCCACCUUUGCUCAAUGUCCAGCCUCGUGGGAGAGAAAACUGCUACAGGCACAUGGGCACCAGAAAAAGCCUUGCUCCGGGAUUCGUCCAUCUGUCUCCUGAGUGUGGGCCCUGGAAAGAACCAUGUCAGGAAAAGCCUGCCCUCGAGAAGGCCUUUAGACAAAAGCAGGAUACCCAGGUGUUCACACCUCCCCAGCUGGGCACCAGCCAGCAGUAUGCAUCUGACUUCUGUACCAUUUUGGAGGAGGAGGCAGUGUGUUUGGAUCUGUGGCCUCCAGAGGAGCGAGAGCAGAGGAAGGAGCUUGGGCCCCAGAGCAGGCGAGGACAGGCUCUGGGGAGCAAGCGAGAGUGCCAGCUCCACAAACUCAGCUUGGCACCGUAUCCAGCUCCCUCCCGCCAAGUCAUUAUGAUGUCCAGGGCUGGCCCCCUCCAGUCAGGGGUGGGGGCCGAGCCUCCAGCCAGGGUCUUCAUGGCCCUUUUUGAUUAUAACCCCCUGAUGAUGUCUGCCAACCCCGAGGGUGUGCAGGAAGAGCUGGCCUUCCAGAGAGGGCAGUUGCUGAGAGUGUGGGGCUCUCGGGACCCCCUUGGUUUCUAUCAUGGCGAGUGCAAUGGGCAAAUGGGCACCAUCCCUGGACACCUCGUGGCUGAGGUGGAGGAGGGUAUGGAGUGGACUGAUGAGAGGUGGCAUGUGUGGGCACAAGGGCACCAACCCUCUGUGGCCCCCCUCGACGACUCUGGGGGGCUCACCAGCCCCCAGGACUCCUCCCCCAUUCCCCAAGGAAACUCUAGGAGAGCCCCACUGUGGACUCCAAAGACCAUGAUGGCGGCUCUGGACUAUGAUCCCAGGGCUGGGGGAGCAGGGACCCGGGCAAAGGGCAAGCUGGCGGUGAAGGCAGGGGAUGUGGUCACGGUCUAUGGGCCUGUAGAUGACAAGGGAUUCUAUUAUGGAGAGUCAGGUGGCCACAGGGGGCUGGUUCCAGCCUAUUUGCUGGAUCACAUGUCCCUCCAUGGAGAGUGA